AUGGCAGAUUUGUGGCGUCUUGUUUUUAGUUUCGUCUUUGUUUUAACUGCGGUGCUUCAAAAAACACUGUGCGUUCGCCACGAAACAUUCUGGGGCGAAAAAGGUAAGAAUUACUUCAGCCUUUUUUUUGUAUUUUUGCUCUUUGAUUCUUAUUGCUGUCGUGAUAUCGAGAUAAAAAGAGUUAGGAUCUUUGAGAUGCAAAAUUACAUCACUGCAGUCGGACCGCGUGUGUUUUCUUGACCGCUAGACUUGUUUCACGAUGGGAAAUAUGUCAAUAUGGUCGUGGAAUUGAUUUGUGACCUUAUCUUAAAGGCUUGAAAGGAUAAAAUUCUCUUUAAACAUAGACUGAAUUAACUGCGCAAAUACGAAAGAUCAUAAAAGCGUUAUUAAACAUGGCUCUAUUUCCUCAACUUAAUGGUGUUAUAAACUGAAACGUUUUAUAUUUGACAAUUUGACUCGGUUGUCUUCCUCGCCACAUGUUGUCGUUAUUUUUUGUAAGCGACAACUGUGAUUUUUAAUUACUUUCCUUACGAAGCCUGAAUAGACCCCGGAAGUAAAAAAAAACACAAUUUGAGUGAGCGGAUAUUUUGUUAAGUGAACAUGUAAGUUAUAUUCGAGAUUAGACGAGGAUAUUGCGCUGCUUUUGUAACUUGUGGUAUAUUGUACGAAUUCUACUCCAUUUUACCUCCAAGUCUACCUGCGUGGUAUGAUGUGAAAACUUAACAUUAUCGUAUCGAAAAACAAUACCGGAAAACAGGGAUAAUAAUUAUGAAGGGGAACACUUAGAACUGAUUAUAGACAAUUGUUAGGGUAUAGAUAUAUUUAACAAAUUAAAAAGCGGGCGCUUCAGUUUCGGCCGGGAGAAUUUCUGUCUGCGGUUUUUAGACUAUUUGAUAUAUAGCAGUCUGACCCAAAACGAUUUGCAAGCUCUCUAGGAUGAUUCGAAUCCAUUUUUGUCAAAUUCCUGAAAAAACACUAGUCUGACUGGAAAGCCGCUCAAAAGGGACUGGGAGCUAUGAUUCGUGGUUUCUAUUUGACGCGGCUGACAUUUAAAUGAACCAAUCAAGUGCAUUGAAUAAGCGAGUUCCGAGCGCCGGAAAAGUCACCUGAAAAAGUCAUUGGUUUUGGCUUUUCCGCACUGGAGUAUGAGAAAUUACAUGGAGGAAAAAGCACAGAAGAGCAAGCAAUGUUGAAAAAUCCAGCAGUACGUAGUAGUACUCUGUGCGCUACUUACAAAAUUUACCUACAGUGCGUAAUUAAAGACAUUGAUAAGAAAUGCGUCCGCGCCUAAAAAACCGGGCAACUAGGCAGAGUGAAGGCAUUGAAAACGGCGCAAUCUUUGGCCACAUUAUUUCAGUGUAAAACAAAACGACAAUGCCCUAGUGCAGAUGGGAUCUUACAGGAUACUGAUUGAUAUCAUAUUUAAUAUAUACUUUAGUGUAUGAAUUGCUGUGAGUCGUUUAUUCUAUGUUAACUGUUGUCGAUAUUGUGGGAUCUGUUGUUGUUUUGUUUAGCACCACCUGGUUGUCAACCUUGUCCCAAGAAAAGCGAAGGACUCUUCGACACCCCUGUUUGUGGCAUGAAUGGCAUCGCUUACAAGAACUUCUGUUAUCUAACCCUUAGAAAUUGUAUUGCUAAAAUAUUGAAGAAGCCCUUAGUAGUGCCGUCAAAGGACCCUAAUACAUGCGGGUAAGAUCUUUCAUUCAAUACAAUUGCCCUGUGGGACUUUCUUUUCGGGACGUUAUUUUUUCUAUCUCUUCAGUGAUUGGCUAUUACGAAAUUGGGCAGGAGAAUGGAUCCAAAUUCAUCUCCCAAAACCUGUGCCAUAAAGUAGUUCGACACAACACCGGCCCAGUCUCACGUGGCGCUGGAGAGCGGGUUCAUUUCCCGAACAGCCGUUGGUAAUCGAGCCACAAUUCAAACUACUUUAUAGAAUUCCUCUAUGUUUUUCCCAUUAAGCCAAACUGUUUGAGCUAUAAAUAUAAACACAAACAUAAAAACACGGUGAAGGCCCUAUAAUUUCGAAAACAGAAAAAAUGCAUGGAAAAGAAGUCAUGGAUUUUUGGACAAAAUUGAAGAAAAUUAGAACGUAUUGUAAUGGUGUUUUGGAAAUUAUGUUAGGAGAGUAAAACCGCUGGUAAGAUUGGCUUGAAGCUGAAGCAUGUGCGUCAUAAAGGGGGAUGGGUCACGAUUAUUUGAACGCAUACCAGUCCUUCCCGUUCCUCAUGAUAAUUAUCUAUCUGUUAGAUAGAGUCGGGAAAUCACAGUUGCCACAUACUAGUCUUUGACUGGAUUAUUGAAAAAUUGUGAUCAGGGCCCAACAAUUCCGUAUUAUUUUUUGUCUUUCCAUAACCUGUCUUUCUCUAGCCCGUUGUCUUUAGAGCGGGGGAUGGGGUAGAAAGAAGAGCCAGUUUCUUCUGCCAUUUUAUUCUAUCCAAGAUUGUCUUUUAAAAUCUUUUUUUAAGUUUGUCUGCUUUUACAAUAGAACACAAACGGUAGCCUGAUCCCACAUUUACAGGCAUUGCAGUGAGGGUUUUGAUUCAUUCAUUCGGAAUCUGGUCAUCUGGCCUGAAUCAGUUGAUAGUCGACCAUAUUAAUUUGUUCUUAAUUUCUUUUAGUCUGCAAAUGAAGAUGUACAAUGGAUUCAACGAUAAACCAUUUAAAAGAAAGAAGAGAGACAUAAAGGUAUUAAGACAAAGGAGAGGAUCCAGCAGAGUUUGA